UUGUUGAACGAAACUGGUAUUUAUAGACACAUUUCACUUGUAUUUUUAUAUUUUCUUGACUUCAGUUACUUUCAUGCCUUCGACGAGGUAAAGAAAUCUUUACAAAACAAGAAAAUCUAAUUCAUUGUACUCAGUUCUCAAUUGUUCAUUAUGAGUUGGUCAUGUAAAGAUCGCAUAACGUUGAAGUGAAGUUGUAAUUUUUUUAAGAAGUUAAAAAAAGAAAAUUUAUCUAUUGUGAUACAAAGUGUUGCUUGAAAAGGCGCAUCGUUAAAAAUUUAAAGAAUUGUUUUAGAGGAUUGCCACGCCGUGGUACACUAAAAAAAUCAUUAAGAAAAUUCAUUUUGCAAAUAGAAAAAUAUUAAAACAAUCAUGAAUAAUUUCAUGAACCCUCAGAAAAGUCAAAAGCGUGAAGCUGUCGAUAAACGGGGGUGGAACUUUGUAGAAUCUGCUUUAAUCGCUCGACAUGCGCCAGAAGUUGGACCCUCGCCUAUCAACAUUAAAUGUCCAUCGUGUUUGAAACAGAUUUCAUCACGAAUUGAAACAGAGACUUAUUCAAAAACACAUUUUUGCGCAGCAGCGCUGAUAAUGACAAUCGUAUGUUGCCCAAUGAUUUGGCUGCCAUACGCAGUUGACACAUGGAAGAAGAAGCAUCACUACUGUCCGAGAUGUGAGAUGUAUUUGGGAACCUACAUGGGUUAGCAAUGUGAUAAUUUCUAUUUCAUCGGAUACCCUAAUCUAAUUAAAAAGAAAAUGAAAUUUGGAUUAUCAGUUUACAAAUAUCAUCUGAAAAUCAUCAUCACAUGAUGUGUUGCAUGAAUCCGUUGGAAAUAGUUGAAUUGAUAUAAAUCCGUAAUAAAUAAAACUUUUGUCACCCGCCGUUACGUUCAUCAUGAAAUAUUAAUCUAUAAAUACUAAUAUUGCCAUCGUUUUUCUUCGAACUAAACCUUUAAAGAAGCAUCAAAUUAUUAUUAUUGAAACCCCAUAAACAUCAAACAAGAAAAGAAAAACAUUAAAACUAAAUUUAUUUAAAAGUUGUGAGAAAAUAGAAAAAGAAAGAAAAAAAAACAUUAAAAUUAAAUAUUUAAGAAAAUUGAAAAUGUAAAGAAAAAGCUUUUAAAAUAUAAACAAAGUGUCGGUUAGUGUUGACAUACGACAGUCUGAGAGAUUGCUGAUAAAUUUGUGAACUAUUCAAUCUUUUCUACUGUGUUUAUGGUUUUUUCAAUAUUUAUAAAAAGAAAAUUUCGUCAUAAAUCUAUCAAAUCUUUUAGAAUUAAGUGAUAUAAAAAAUAACGUGAAGAAAAGACCAGAUUAGCAAAAAAAUUGCGAAAAGAAAACAACAAAAUAUGUGAAACAUUGUAAGGAAAAUUUUUCUCUAUAUUCAUCAGUUCUAUAUAAGUUAAAGCUAUUCUUUUGUCUUAAAAGUCUUUUAACUAGAUAAUUUCUAUUUUCCUAAAUGUACGAGUAUCUUUUUAAAACAAAAAGAACGAUCGAAUUAACAAAAUAAAGACAUAAAAUUUUAUUUGUUUUCUACAAGCAAAGCUAUAAACAA